AAUCCGAAAUCGGUUAAUUGAAAUUGAAGAGGAGUUGAAAUUUUAAUUAUUAUUUUGCAUUCUUUGUAUUAAUCAAUUAUGAUGUUCCACUUCCACUAGUAAAAGUUUUUCCUAUUAAAUGCGACAUGAUUCAAAAUAGAUCCGCAAAAUUUAAAUUUGAAAAGCAACCCUAGUUGGAAGCCAAAAUUUGAAGCGUUGAAAAGACGCGAACACUUAGUGUGACAAAUAUACCCCCGAGCAUAUCUUAAAUACCCCCUUCCGCGGCGGCAACAAAGCAACAGCUCCUCCGCCGCAAGGGUAAAAUAGUGCGAUGGCGAUGGAUCCAGAAGCGGUGUCGAAGGCCUUCGUGGAGCACUACUACUCCACAUUCGACUCGAAUCGGGCCGGGCUUGCGAAUCUCUACCAGGAUACGUCGAUGCUCACUUUUGAGGGCCAGAAAUUCCAAGGCACCCAAAACAUCACUGCCAAGCUCACCAGCUUGCCGUUCCAGCAGUGCCAGCACCAGAUCACCACCGUCGAUUGCCAGCCCUCAGGCCCCGCCGGCGGAAUGCUUGUUUUUGUUUCCGGCAAUCUUCAGCUCGCCGGCGAGCAGCACGCCCUCAAGUUUAGCCAGAUGUUCCAUCUGAUGCCAACACCUCAGGGAAGCUUCUACGUAUUCAAUGAUAUCUUCCGGCUCAACUAUGCAUGAAGAGUGGUUGAUGGAUCUUUAUUUGUUGUUCCAGAUAUUGGACAAAAUUGCUUGUGUUUUUGAUGCUUUGUUACAAUGACAAAGAGUUUCUUUCUUGUAUGGCUAGACUCAUCACAUUUGAGUUUGAAUUGGAAUUGGAAUUGAUGAACACCUUGAGAAA